GCCAGGCGGAAGCUGGAGGCGGGAGCGGAGCGCAGCUUCUGUGCCCCGGGCCUGCGGCCACGUUCUGAGCUGCUGCCGUGCUGCACGCUUGCCACCGUCAGCCGGUCCCGGCGCUGUGCUGCUCUCCCAUCCAGGCCUCGCUAGCGGUCUCCGCCUCCGGCGCCGAUCCCCGAUGGCCCUGUGCAACGGAGAUUCCAAGCCAGAAAAUGCUGGAGGAGACCUUAAGGAUGGCUGUUACCACUACGAAGGAGCUGUUGUCAUUCUGGAUGCUGGGGCUCAAUAUGGCAAAGUCAUUGACAGAAGAGUGCGGGAGCUUUUUGUGCAGUCGGAAAUCUUCCCCUUGGAAACACCAGCCUUUGCCAUAAAGGAACAAGGAUUUCGGGCUAUUAUCAUAUCUGGAGGACCUAAUUCUGUGUAUGCAGAGGAUGCUCCCUGGUUUGAUCCAGCAAUAUUUACCAUUGGCAAGCCUGUUCUAGGAAUUUGCUAUGGCAUGCAGAUGAUGAAUAAGGUUUUUGGAGGCACUGUGCAUAAAAAAAAUGUUAGAGAAGAUGGCGUUUUCAGCAUUAGUAUAGAUAAUACAUGCUCAUUAUUCAGGGGCCUUCAGAAGGAAGAAAUCGUUUUACUUACACAUGGAGACAGUGUAGACAAAGUAGCUGAUGGAUUCAAGGUUGUAGCACGUUCUGGGAACAUCAUAGCAGGUAUCGCUAAUGAAACUAAAAAGCUAUAUGGUGUACAGUUCCACCCCGAAGUCGGCCUUACAGAAAAUGGGAAAGUAAUUUUGAAGAAUUUCCUGUAUGAUAUAGCUGGAUGCAGUGGGACCUUUACUGUGCAGAACCGAGAAGUUGAAUGCAUUCGAGAGAUCAAAGAGAAAGUAGGCACAUCAAAAGUAUUGGUUUUACUCAGUGGUGGUGUAGAUUCAACUGUUUGUACAGCUUUGCUAAAUCGUGCUUUGAACCAAGAUCAAGUCAUUGCUGUACAUAUUGAUAAUGGCUUUAUGAGAAAACGAGAAAGUCAGUCUGUUGAAGAAGCCCUCAAAAAGCUUGGAAUUCAGGUCAAAGUGAUUAAUGCUGCUCAUUCCUUCUACAAUGGAACAACUACUCUGCCAAUCUCAGAUGAAGACAGGACCCCACGAAAAAGAAUUAGCAAAACAUUAAAUAUGACUACAAGUCCUGAGGAGAAAAGAAAAAUUAUUGGUGAUACUUUUGUUAAGAUUGCCAAUGAAGUGAUUGGAGAAAUGAGUCUGAAGCCAGAGGAGGUUUUCCUUGCCCAAGGCACUUUACGGCCUGAUCUAAUCGAAAGUGCAUCCCUUGUUGCUAGUGGCAAAGCUGAACUCAUCAAAACCCACCACAAUGACACGGAACUUAUCAGGAAGUUGAGAGAAGAGGGAAAAAUAAUAGAGCCUCUGAAAGAUUUUCAUAAAGAUGAAGUGAGGGUUUUAGGCAGAGAGCUUGACCUGCCAGAAGAAUUGGUUUCCAGGCAUCCUUUUCCAGGUCCUGGACUGGCAAUCAGAGUAAUAUGUGCUGAAGAGCCUUAUAUUUGUAAAGACUUUCCUGAAACCAACAAUAUUUUGAAAAUAGUAGCUGAUUUUUCUGCAAGUGUUAAGAAGCCUCAUACACUGUUACAGAGAGUCAAAGCCUGCACAACAGAAGAGGACCAGGAGAAGCUCAUGCAAAUUACAAGUCUUCAUUCACUGAAUGCUUUCUUGCUGCCAAUCAAGACUGUGGGUGUGCAGGGUGACUGUCGUUCUUACAGUUAUGUAUGCGGAAUCUCCAGUAAAGAUGAACCUGACUGGGAAUCUCUUAUUUUCCUUGCCAGACUUAUACCUCGAAUGUGUCAUAACAUUAACAGAGUCGUCUAUAUCUUUGGCCCACCAGUUAAAGAACCUCCUACAGAUGUUACUCCAACUUUUUUGACAACAGGGGUGCUCAGUACUUUACGCCAAGCUGAUUUUGAGGCCCAUAACAUUCUUAGGGAGUCUGGGUAUGCUGGUAAAAUCAGCCAGAUGCCAGUGAUUUUGACCCCAUUACAUUUCGAUCGAGAUCCACUUCAGAAGCAGCCUUCCUGCCAGAGAUCUGUGGUUAUUCGAACAUUUAUUACUAGUGACUUCAUGACUGGGGUGCCUGCAACACCUGGAAAGGAGAUUCCUGUGGAGGUGGUGCUAAAGAUGGUCACUGAGAUAAAGAAGAUUCCUGGAAUUUCUAGAAUUAUGUAUGACCUAACAUCAAAGCCCCCGGGAACCACUGAGUGGGAGUAAUAAAUGUGUUAUUAUUGAAGAACUGUGUGCAGUUGAGGCUCAUUAGAAACCACUUUUUAAUGACAUGCAAUACUGUGAAAAAUGUUACUAAAGCAGCUAAUUCAUAUCUGAGUUCUCAUAGCAGCAGCACACGGUGUAAGUGCAGAGCUGAGGAUCGUUAGAAGGGAAUGAAGCAUUAGUAUGUGUGGCUGAAUAAGGCACCAUUGCCCACAUGCAGACAGAUUGCUUUUGCUUUUGCCUCACUUAUUAUGUAUGAGUCCUUGAUGUCUGUCUGUGAUGACGGGUGACUGUGGCUUCUGUCUGCUUGCCUAUGUCUAGGAACUGUUAGAAACAAAACACCCUUUAAUUACCAGUAUGACUCACUAUGUGUGCUUUUUGGAGAAUCUGAAUUUUCCUGUAAGUAAUUUAUUUCUCCAAAGGUGGAGGAAGACCUAUUCAUGCCAUAGAAAGGUAGAAGAAAGCUGUUUAGACAUUUUUUGGCAGGAUACUAGAGAAGUAAAAUAUAAGAUACUUCAAAGAUGUAAAAUACCAGGAAUUUUUUAUUGAAGUACUUAAUUUUAUGAAGACACAACUAUGGCAGAACUGAGUGCUGUCAUUCUUUUGAGCUUGUUUCACACCGAUGCCAUGCUUUUUUCACUGUCAUCUUGUUACUGUAAACAAGGAGCUUUAUCGUCCCUACAGCUCUGUGCAGAGUUCUUACUCUCUCUCCAAGGCUGUCUCAGAUACUCCCUCUCCAAAACAGGCUGUCUCAGAAAAGGUUAAGGUGGGAACUCAUUAUUUAUGUUUGCCUGGUCAGAGGACUAGGUCACAGAAGCCAUUACACAUGCCCAGAGCCUACAAGUGGGAAAGGAAAUGUUUCUGUCCCUUAGGAAAGGGCUAUAAAAGGACACCGUAGGUCUGUAGAUAGGCUUAUCACUCCUUUCUUAGAAGUCUCGACGGAUACAAGGUAUUUGCCAAGACCCUUUCUCCUAACUUCUGGAGGUUUAAGACCAGGACUUGAUGCCAUUGACUGCAGUUCCUCAGGUUCUUUAUGACAGUCACACAAGCCUGAGGAAGCGGGCACCAAAAAGUUUAAUUCUAAGACGUACGACCACGUUUUUCUCGCCUGCUUUUACCUUAACUUGCAGUCUGUUGCCUAGUUGAGACGAAUUUUUUUUCUGUUAUUCAAGUACCAAUUUCUGUUUGGGAUUGUGUGUUAAAUGAAAACAAAACGACUUAUACUGUCUUCCUGGCUGAACCCAGAAGAAAAAAAAUCUCCCUGUAACAACAGAUACCCAUAUCUGAAACAGUAUUUUUUUUUUUUUACCAAAAGUUAAGUGCUCAUUGUUUGUGAGAAAGUUGUCUUGAUGGACUUGUAAAAGGAGUAUGUGGUAGAUUUAAGCAGAUUGAGAAUUGUGUUAUUUCUAAGUAGGAACUGACAAGUACACAGUGCUUAUUACCAAGGCGUCAGAAAAUACUUGACAUGACGAACUCUUCCUGUUCAAGCAAAACAUGUCUGUGCUGUAAACAGCAGGAACUGGGAAGAAUAUAAGGUGUUCUUACCUUGAAGUGUGUUUUGUGGCGUACAUACUGCUCACUGCCAUGCGCAGUGUCAAACUGGUCAGGUCACUGUGUACCUUUAGAAGUGCUGCUUGUUUGUAAUCUUUGCAUUCUAGAUACUGAUGGUAUAUCAAAUCUCAGAAAGAUUGGAGUUAAAGAUGUAGUGUUUUUCUAAUAUGUUAAGUGUCCAUUAUGUAGUCCUUAAUGCUGAAAAAAAAUUCUCUCCAAAACAUACCUGCACAUGAUAUAGGGGUUCAUAGAUUAUUUCCAUGUUUACUGUCUAGCUUCCUAUGAGGUCAUUUUGCCUUGUACUGUAUACUUGAUAAUGUCACAGGAGUUCAUCUGAGCCACUAAAAGAGUUACAGGAGACAAGUUCAACUUGGAAAUGGUUACCAGUGACUUUAAGAGCCAACUGCCAGAUUUUCUUAGAGGAAGUCAUCCUUCCAUUUUGUGUAUGCCAACCCUAAAACCAUCUGGCCUUAGAGGCUGUUUGCUUUUUGCUUGGGCUUCAUGCGCAGUAACAUUUAUUACUUGAUAUCCAGGGCAGUUUUGACUUACUCCGUUUGUUACUGGGGACACUUGUCUAUGUAAUUGUGUUUUGUUUCUUUGUAAGUAUUAGAAGAAGUGAGAUUAGUGAAAAAUGUAAUUUAUUUCAAAAUUGGCAGACCAGAAAAUAUUUAAAACCAAAUAAAUAAAUCAUAGACAUGUUUUAAUAGACCUAUCAGUGAUGCUCAGUUCUGCUGGAUAUAACAACAUAAUUUUUGAGGACAAGUUUUUAGAUGCAUCUUGGUGACAGAAUUAUACUGUUUUCUCCCUUACUCUUGGAGUAAAUGCAACCAUAAAUUAUAAGAGUUGAUUUCCUUACUGUGUUGGUACUUAGCUGCUGAUGGCCACUUUCAGUGGAAUAACUGAAUUCUAUUCUAUAUAGAGAAUGAGGGUAUUCAGGUAAAACAGGAAACACUUGUGUGUCUUAGGGGUUUGCCUUGCUGUUAAGUACAUGUGUGGACCUGGGCAGGUCGCCUUUGAUCUAUUUACCUCAUGUUAUGAAGUUCCAACAUCAAACCUAAUACUGAAUAUUCACUCUCAUUCUAUCUAGCUCCUUGAAACAGGGAAUAUGUAGCCCCGCCUCAAGUUCAUCUGACCCUUGCCAUCUCCCUAGUGCUGGGAUUAUAGAUUUGUACUCCGUGAGUAUGCUUGGCAAAUACUACCAAUCAAGUCACAUGCCAAAGUACAUUCUUAAUUAUAAACAAGAAAAAGCAUAGCAGGAGACAUUGGAAAAGCUGUAUAAUUUAUAUCCUUUUCUUUAAAAAUAUUAAGUGUACACAUCUCCCUCCUCCGCUGAAGAACAUACCAUCGAGAUUUGUUCAUCUGAGAUCCUUGAACAUGCUCAUUACAGAUAUGCAGGGUGAACUCUUUGCUCUGUAUUUUUGGAAGAGCUGCUAGAAUAUGUUUAGUCUUGACAGCAAAUAUGUAUGCAUAACUGUUAGCCAUUGCCAGAGCAGGAGCUGGAUUCAGGCUUCCUGUUUCUGGUUUGAAGAGGUAGGUUUUGAAGUUCUCUGUGUUCAUCGAGGAUAAAUAUGCUGUACCAGAGUUGUUUCUUACGGGACUUCUGGAGGCCCCAUUGCCUUCCAGAAAUGGUACCAACAUUCUCAGUCCCAUUGUUCUGACUCUGCUUUUACACUGCUCUGCCGCAUGAUGUCCCCCUCUAUCUCUGAGAAUCCGCAGAGUGAUGUUGGAAGGCAAGCCUUCAUUCUUAGCCCAGUGGUGGAUAUUCCUUUAAUUGACCCAAGUCUGGAUUUAACUGGAAACUGAUAUAGGUUAAAUGUUUUUUACUUCAGAAUUCCCUCUUGUCUCUAUUGAAGUAGCUGUUCCAGAUGGCAGAGGAAAACUAUCUUUUACUACAUCAGGUCUUCAUAGCAGCAGUAGCUUUUGCUGCGGCUGCAUUUCCGUUUUUCCUGGUGGGGGGAUAUAAUUGGGAUUCCAUCCUAGGUCAUACUGUAUUAUGUUCCCAGCCAAGCUCUAGCAUUUAUGAACAUUUAACAGCCAGAUGAGUUCCCAAAUUAUAAAGAUGUCACCUUUCAACAGUAGACAUGCUGUAUAUAUGGAAGAAUAAUAUCCCAUGGAAACCUUCACCUCUUCAGUUGGAUCCCAACCUUGGUUGCUUUCUCCUGAGGAAUUAAAAAAAACAACUCAGAUGUGACUAAAUUAGUGUGUUGUGGGGGCUGCCCUAGCACUUGCAGUUUUAAGUUUCUCAGCAGGAAGAAAUUAUAAUUAAGGGAUAUACCUGGCCUCUUGUUAGAAUUAAAGUCUUAGUCAAACAGGUGAGGAACAUAAACUGGAGAGUCUUGCUGAGAUCCUCAUUAUAAGUUCAGACCCUGGGACCAGAUUUUUGGAUCCAUUUAUGCUCCACAGAAGGUACACAUACCAGCCCAUGUAGGGAAUCUGUAGGACAAUUAACAUUGCUCCCCAUGUUGAGAUCAUUAUAGCCACAUGGACUUAUUUCCCCCUCUUUCUUCCUACUCCUGUUUAUUCUUGAGGAGAAAUCUACACCUGUGUUGUAGCCACCUGCAGUUCUGAGAUUGCCUAGGUGAUGAGCUAAGACUGAGCUAUUUCUACACCAACUGAAGAAACUUCACGAGCUGUGCCAUUUUGUUAUUAGCUAUUGAAACUAGAGAUAACUUCUCAACUAGAGUCAUUUAACAGCACCCUUGUAAUUUACCUACUAAGGCCUUUGUUUCUUUGAGCCUGUGGCAGCUUUGGGCCUUUUUUAGAGUUAGUAAAGUCACUUUAGGGAGGCUGAUUGCUUCUUUCAUGUGCUACAUUCAGAAACACUAAAAUAAGGAUUGUUGAGAAAUCUAAACCUAGUAAUCUAGUGGAAUCACAUGCCGUUGAACAUUUAAGUAAGUUCUGUCUUUACAUCGCCUAUGGCUAUUACAGCCUUGACAUUUAAAUAAAAUAAGUGUAAACAUUCUCUGAACAUACUUUUUAUAAAGCACUACUUUGUUAAGUGAAAUGAGUAGUUAGAUUUUGUGAAUUGUGUAUUUGUUAGUGACAUGCUGCCAUGUCUUUUAUGUUGCAAUAAUAUUUGACUGUAAAAUCGCUUUGCUAAAUUAACAUGAAAUGACUAAAAUCUGUCUUCAGUAAACAUAAUGGAAGAAAUUAUUUCAUAAAUUGUCAUUAAAUCUUGGUGCUUAUCAAAAAGGGAAGCAAGAGCAAAAAGGACAGGAUAUGUUCAGAUUCUUGAGAAACUGCAUAUAUUAUCAGGGGUCCUGGACAAUAAGCUUAGUGAACUUCCCUUAGGUGUGUCCAGUGUUAACAGUGGACAUGAAUCUUCGCAUUGCUUUUUAGUAAAUGAUCAGCUAAAUCUAUGUAUAUGCAUGUAUGCUUCUAAAAUUAGCCACAAGCAUGAUGUUCUGAAUAUUCAUAUUAUGUAAGUAUUCAGCUUUUUUCCUUACUAAUUGGUUGUAUUUUUUAGUGCUGUGAGUUUUGCCUGAUGCGCAAGCAUUCAUCCACAUUCAUACUGGGUUCAUUACUUUGGCACAGUGUUAAGAAGAGUAAAGCCAUCUCCUGUUAGAAAAGACUAGAGGAAACCAUGAGCAGAGACACAGUAUUUAUUGACAACCAUGAGUGCCGCCUUGUUAGUGCUCAAAUCAGUGACUUGGGAUGGCCUUCUGCUAACUCAGAAAACAAAUUUAACUUUCUUUUUAACUUUUUUUUUUUUUUUUUUUUUUACUAUUUUACCACAGCUUAAAGUGAAAAAUGUUUUUGAGUUUGAAUUUGAAGAGUUUAUAAAUCAAAGCUGCUCUUCUCCAUAAAAAAUACUGUUUAACAUGGGGCAAGUUUUGUUGCUGUUGUUCAUUGCUUAAGUUAUUUUUGACUUAUAUUAAAGAGUUUAUGUAGAUUAAAUCCUAAGAAGGGAAGCUAGGGAUCCUUCUCUAAACUUGAUCUUAAGUUAAAUCCUUAGUAAUUUUGUCUUUAAAUUAGAGUACUUUGCCUGCAUUACUGUUCUUUUAGACAACACAUCACUGCCAAAUGUACAAAUUUUUUUUUAAAUUAAAUAGUGUUAGUGAAAAACAUUUUAAAAUUCCCACUUCACGUGCCUAUGUGAAGUAGUAGAAAACACAAGAGCCCUUUGUCAAGAUGUCUUUGUGUAAUUGCAUUAUAAUGGCUGUCAUUUUACUCUAAGAAAAAUGUUUGUGAAAUAAAGUAUUGCAAAGUGCGAGAGA